CACUACCUACAGCGCCACUGCCUCGCCGGAUGUUAAUGUCCUGUAUUGCAAUGUAUGCUCGUAAAUACACUGAAAACACUUGUGAAUCCAAUAAAUAUUUAGUUCAGUGUAGUCAAUUUUCUAAAUUAAAAUACUAGAGUGCUUUCUGUCACUGUAUGGGGCUGGUAGGGUGGGUUUUACAUUUCCUGUGCUGUAAUAGUACGAUAAUGGGAAUGAUAAUUGUUGUGAAAAGCACCACAUAUGAACCAAAACAGCAACAUUAAUAGUAAUAAUAAUAAUUAUAAUGUGCUAUAAAAACAAACUCUGGUGCAGUUUUUUACUUGAUUAAAAAUGCUAAUUAAUUUCAAAGUAAAUUGGAGUAUAUCAGUUUUUGAAGUGACCUAAAGGUGUUUUGCUCCUCCCGGUGCAGUCCAUAAAAAAAAUUGCAUCACUGCGUGCAUGCAUGCAUGUGUGUGUGUGUGUGUGUGUGUGUUCACUGCAUUGAAGGAGAAACAUCAACAGCUGUGAAACCUUCACACCGGACUACAGUAACAUGUUUUAGGAGCAGUGUUUACUUCCUUUUACAUUUUUGAAAGAGGUUAUUUCUCGCAGCGAGUCUGAUGGCAGAAACUAACAGCACCGGCGAUGCUGCAGAGCACAUCAUGUGCAAUUAUGACGCAAAUAUUUAUCAGUGCAAUCAGACGGAUCUGAUGAGAUUCCAAAACCCUGUUCCUCUGACCGACACGUGGCUCGUCCCGCUGUUUUUCACACUCAUCAUGUUUGUGGGUUUAGUGGGUAACCUAAUAGUCAUCUAUGUGGUCAUUAAAAACCAGCAGAUGAAGACGGUUACAAACCUCUACAUAGUUAAUCUUGCCACCACCGAUAUACUUUUCCUGGUUUGUUGCGUUCCCUUCACUGCCACUGUGUACGUUCUUCCUAGCUGGAUAUUUGGGGAUUUUAUGUGUCGCCUGGUCAAUUAUCUGCAACAGGUAACGGCUCAGGCGACCUGCAUCACUCUGUCCGCGAUGAGCGUGGACCGGUUUUACGUGACUGUGUACCCGCUGCAGUCUCUCCAUCACCGAACUCCACAGAUGGCUCUGUCCGUGUGCACCACCAUCUGGAUAUGUUCUUCACUGCUCUCAGUGCCGAUUGCUCUGUAUCAGCACACUGAGUCUUCAUACUGGUUCGGCCCACAGACGUACUGCACUGAGACCUUUCCUUCGGUCAUUCAUAAGAGAGUUUACCUCCUUUACUCCUUCUUGGCUGUUUACCUGCUGCCUCUGAUCACCAUCUGCAUGUGUUAUACCUUCAUGCUGAAGCGCAUGGCGCAGGCCACAGUCCAACCAGUUCAAGGCUGUAACCAGAUUAGUCUGCAGACGUCAUCGGAGCGUGCUGAAGCCGUGCGCAGCCGCGUCUCCAGGAUGGUAGUGGUGAUGGUGCUGCUGUUCCUGCUGUGCUGGGGUCCCAUCCAGAUCCUGAUCCUGCUGCAGGCCUUCUGUGCUGAAGACGUGAGCCGCAGCUACACGCUCUACAAGCUGAAGAUCUGGGCGCACGGCAUGUCCUACUCCAACUCCUCCAUCAACCCCGUCAUCUACGCCUUCAUGGGGGCCAACUUCAGAAAGGCCUUCAGAAGUGUGUGUCCUCUGAUCUUCAAAAGGAGGAGCACCGAGCCGCUCGCCACAUAUAACAGAGAGAUGAACUUUCUUUCAUCCUGACCUCUGCUGGAGCGCUCAUGGAGGGUUGGAGAUUUGACGGAUCAAAUGGAUUGCAUUGAGAGCUCUAGAAUGUAGAAGUGCGCUAAUGUUUGCGAUUGUUUUAGAGCUUCUGAUUCAGUUGUCUAUGGGAGAAAUGACUAUUUAGGAGAAACGAACGUCAGAAA